AUGGCGGACAUAGUGAAGCAGAUCUUAGCAAAGCCCAUCCAGCUAGCCGACCAAGUGGUCAAAACAGCAGACGAGGCGUGUUCGUUCAAGCAAGACUGCACGGAGCUCAAGUCCAAGACUGAAAAACUCGCCGCCCUCCUCCGACAGGCGGCGCGUGCCAGCAACGAUCUCUACGAGCGUCCCACACGCCGGAUCCUCGACGACACCGAACAAGUCCUUGACAAAGCCCUUGCCCUCGUCCUCAAAUGUCGCGGCAACGGCCUUAUGAAGCGGGUCUUCAUGAUCAUCCCGGCGGCGGCCUUCCGGAAAAUGUCGUCCCAGCUCGAGAAUUCCAUCGGCGACGUGUCGUGGCUCCUCCGAGUCUCCGCUCCGGCGGAAGAACGCGACGAUGGGUAUUUGGGCCUCCCUCCUAUCGCAGCCAACGAACCGAUUCUCUGCGUCAUAUGGGAACAGAUCGCGAUUUUGUAUAAUGGAUCAGUUGAUGAUCGAUCCGAUGCUGCGGCGACUCUGGUUUCGCUUGCUCGGGACAAUUUUCGGUACGGAAAGUUGAUCAUUGAAGAAGGUGGGAUUGGACCAUUGUUGAAGCUGGUGAAAGAAGGGAAAUUAGAGGGUCAAGAGAACGCAGCCAAAGCAAUCGGACUACUGGGACGUGACCCAGAAAGCGUCGAAUACAUGGUCCAUGCCGGUGUGUGCUCAGUGUUUGCGAAAGUCCUCAAAGAAGGUCCAAUGAAGGUUCAAGCUGUGGUGGCCUGGGCUGUGUCAGAACUCACUGCCCAUUACCCCAAAUGUCAAGAUCUUUUUGCCCAGAACAAUAUUAUUCGAUUGCUUGUGAGCCAUCUUGCUUUUGAGACGGUUCAAGAGCAUAGUAAGUAUGCGAUUGUUACCAAUAAAUCUAACUCGAUCCAUGCGGUUGUGUUGGCCAGUAACAAUUCAGAUGCGAACAAUAGAAUCAACGACGGGAAUGAGGAUGAUGAGAGGAGUCUCACGCCUCAUCCAUUGGGGAACAAACAGGCCUACAAAAUGCACGAUGUAGUCACUCGAACUAUGGCAAUGAAGAACCAAUCCACAAUACCUCAAGGGCCAAGCAAUGGGGUGAAAGUGAACCAGACCAAUAACGCCAAGACCGACGUCAACAGCAACACGAAACAAACUAAUCGGAACCACCACCACCGCCACCAACCGAGUAUUUCGCUUGCCGGCACAAGCAUUAAAGGUAGGGAACAGGAGGACCCGGCUACAAAGGCCUACAUGAAAGCUAUGGCUGCAAGAGCCCUUUGGCACCUUGCCAAAGGAAACUCACUCAUUUGCCGUAGCAUCACAGAAUCCAGAGCUCUGUUAUGCUUUGCCGUUCUCUUAGAAAAAGGACCCGAAGAGGUUCAAUACAACUCUGCCAUGGCGUUGAUGGAAAUCACCGCAGUGGCAGAGAAAGACUCUGAUCUGAGACGAGCAGCGUUUAAGCCCAAUUCGCCUGCUUGCAAAGCCACAGUUGAUCAAUUACUCCAAUUCAUUGAAAAGGGGGAUUCAGAACUACUUAUUCCUUGCGUUAAGGCAAUUGGGAAUUUGGCUAGGACUUUUCGGGCCACAGAAACAAGGAUGAUCAACCCAUUAGUAAAAUUGCUGGAUGAGCAUGAAGCUGAGAUUUCUAGGGAAGCUUGCGUUGCCCUCACUAAAUUCGCCUGCACCCAUAACUAUCUCCACCUAGAUCACUCCAAGGCAAUCAUAAACAAUGGAGGGACAAAGCAUUUGAUCCAGCAUUUGUACUUUGGAGAACAAGGCGUUCAAAGUUCUGCAUUGGUUCUCCUCUGCUACAUUGCCCUGCACGUACCAGAUAGCAAAGAACUCGCACAAGCUGAGGUGCUCACAGUGCUCGAAUGGGCGUGGAAGCAAGCGUUCUGGAUCAAAGAUGAGAAGGUAGAGACAUUGUUACAUGAGGCAAAGGGGAGAUUGGAGCUCUAUCAGGCCAGAGGAGGAGGAGGAGGAGGUUCCAGGAGAUACAAGUGA